UGGCAAAAAAUGACAAGUCUAAACAUUUCAUAUAUUGUGACGAUAAGUACGAAUUUUUGAAUUCAACAGAGAAUCGCUGCUACUACGUGCAUUGAAAGUCUUGACUUGGGGAAAGCCCAUUAGUUAAAUUAACUUGAAGGAGCUGUUAAAUAAUACUCUGAAAUCGGAAAUAAUUAGUUCCAAUGGCGGUAGAUAAUUACAGUAUUGCAAUAAUUGACAAUAUGCCACCGACGGAAUUGGGCACUGAUGGGGAAGUGAUUUUAGUCACCGGUGGUAGCGGCUUCAUCGGCCAGCAUUUGCUAAAAUACUUACUGCGUGAAAAAACGAAUUUCGGUAUUAAAGAAAUUCGCUCUUUGGAUUUAUUGCCCUUUGAUAAUAAAAUUGCUAUUUCUCCCGCUGAAGAUCUUAAAACCUUUGUUGGAGAUAUUUGUGAGCCACAAACUAAUGCUGUGCAGGAUGCCUUUAAGGAUGUGAACUGUGUUUUUCAUUGUGCCGCAUUAGUUGGUAUCGAAUAUCCACCAGAUUUCAAUGAGCUGGAUCGCGUUAACGUGAAUGGCACAAGCGUUGUUGUAGAUUUGUGUGUUAAGUAUAAUGUUAAGAGGUUGAUAUAUACCAGCUGCGCGUCAGUGUGUUUGGUUCCAUUCAAAGGAUAUAGCACUUUCACAAUUGUUAUCAACCAAACUGAGUCGAAGGCCAACACACCUACAUUCAAUGCUCAGGACCCUAAAGAUUUUGACAAAUCCUUCUUGAUACCAGGAUACUCCUCAUCUAAAAUGCGUGCAGAAACUAUAGUGUUAAAUUCAAAUGGAACCCUCCUGAGUAAUCAAAGAGAAUAUUUAGAAACUGUGGCUAUACGUCCACCUCUUACUUAUGGCGAGGGUGAUAUGAAAUUUGUGCCGCAGGUUUUCGAGUACUUGUCAAAGCGCGGGUUCAGCUAUCCGCGUGUUGCCGGAGCUGGUGGCAAACAGCAACUAGUCUAUGCUGGUAACGUGGCAUGGGGCCAUUUGUGUGCAUACAAGACGCUGAAGGAAACACCAAAGGCCAUUGCCGGUCUGCCAGUUUUUGUUACCGAUGACACACCCAUUAACGAUGUGACGAGAUUCGUACAGAAAAUGGCACUUUUGGGUGGAAAAUUCAAGAUCAACUUGACCAUGUGGUAUUUGCCGCAUUUCCUUUUCUUCUUUUUAUCGUUCCUCACAGAGCUUCUCGUGCAGUUGUUUUACCCAGUAACGAAAUUCAAAUUAACAAACUCGCUUCGUGCAAUUGCUUCCUUCACUGCAUCGGUGUUAAUGUUCAAUAGGCUGCGCGCAUCUAUACAUAUGGAUUAUGUACCAUUAGUUGAACCGGAAGAGGCUGCGCAGAGAAGUGCCUGUUGGUAUGCGGAGUGGUGGGAAAAGCAUCGAAUUCAAAAUAAGAAAUAGAGAAAUGAAGAGAGAAACUCUCGUUUAAAUGUUAUUACAAAUAUUUCCAACAAAAGUGUAUUAUAAAUAUUUUCUCAUCUUGCCAUAGGCGAAUGAUUGAGAUGAUAGGUAGUAGAUUAAGAUGAAUGGUAGUUAAAAUUUUGUUGAGUUUUUGUUGAAUAAAAUUGUUGGAUAUGGAUCAUAA